GGGAGCUUCGCCGACCUCAACACGACGGACGACCAGACCACAUCAGCAACACCAUCUUGUAAAUCCGUAAUCGCUACGUGCGUAAAUCAUUCAAGAUGCCUCAGAACGAGUACAUGGAGAGAUGGCGCAAGCUUCAUGGUCGAAGACUCGAUCACGAGGAGCGCGCCCGCAAGAAGGAGGCUCGUGAGGGCCACAAGGCGUCCAAGGAUGCGCAGAACCUGCGCGGUCUCCGCGCCAAGCUCCACGCGAAGAAGCGCCACAACGAGAAGAUCCAGAUGCGCAAGCAGAUCAAGGCCCACGAGGAGCGCAACGUCAAGACCAACGACGAGAAGGAGCCCAGCGAGCCCAUGCCCGCCUACCUGCUCGACCGCAACAACCCGAGCAACGCCAAGGCCAUUUCUUCCCAGAUCAAGAACAAGCGUGCCGAGAAGGCUGCUCGCUUCCAGGUCCCCUUGCCCAAGGUUAAAGGCAUCAGCGAAGAAGAGAUGUUUAAAGUCAUCUCGACCGGAAAGAAGACGCACCAGAAGUCCUGGAAGCGUAUGAUUACGAAGCCGACUUUUGUCGGACCCAACUUCACCCGGAGAGACCCCAAGCACGAACGAUUCAUCCGUCCUAUGGGCUUGCGUUAUAAGCACGCACACGUGUGCCACCCCGAGCUCAAUGUAACCGUAAAACUGCCAAUUCUGGGAGUUAAGAAGAACCCCCAGAACCCUCUUUACACGAAUCUGGGUGUUCUUACCAAGGGAACCGUGCUGGAGGUCAACGUAUCAGACAUGGGUCUUACGACGGCGUCGGGCAAGGUCGUAUGGGGUCGUUACGCGCAGGUUACGAAUUCACCGGAAAACGACGGUUGCGUAAACGCGGUGUUGCUCGUCUAGAUGGGAAGAGGAAAGAAAAUCAAGGCUAUCGCGCAAAUAGUUUCACAAAAUGGCAUCGGGACACAGCAGGAACGCUGUACUCCUUUCGAAACAUGUAGUGUAAAAGUCUCGGAGAUGGUGGUAUUUGGGGCAGUCAAGUCCCAGCUGGCGUUAAGGCGUUCUGUCACCUCAUGAAAUAGGGGAUUGGGUGGAUGCCCGUGAGUGACAACAUAAAAAGAUUCCAACCUAGGUAGAUGAAACAAGAUUCCCAUUUGUAAACUGGCAAA